AUGAAAAAAAGAGAGAGAUGGAAGAAGAAGAAGAAGAAGAAGAAAACAAAAAGGCAGAGAUUAAAAGGGCAUUUCUUUUUUAACGUGACCUCGACCGUCUUUGGGAAACCAUUCCGUCCGUCCGUCCAGUCCGCCAGCCAGCCAGUCCAUUCCGAUCCAGAGAAAAGAAGAAGGAAAAUUGGGAAGAAAAAGAAGAUUAAGAGAUACAUGGUGUAUUUUUGA